GAUAGUUGCCCCCGCCGUCUGCUACAAGCUGAUUGGCCAGGAGGCAGCGACGUCACCGGCAAUUUAAAAAUUUGAAACAGCAGCUGUUUGUGGUGGAGGACGUGUGCUCAGGAGACUGGAACAAAACUAAAGGGAAUAAUGGAGGCCUUAGGAGACCGUCUCAAACUGAUGGUACAGACCUUCAGGAGGGAAUGCCACAGGGUUUUACAGUCGGAGAGAACCACCGUCCUUGGAGCUGACGGCAUGCUGAUGGUGCUGCAGCUCGCCAUGGCAGAAGUGAAUAAAAAGCAGCACGGCGGAGAGUUCAAAGUGGCUCUGAGCGACGUCCUGAUGGCCUGGAAGCACUUAUUGUUAGACAAACUUCACCUGCCGCCCCCCGGCUCUGCACGCUCGGAGAACUAUGAUCUCAUCCUGGAGGCUUACGAGUCCUUCCUGAAACGCUCCAACGCCGUGGACCUGGUUGAUAUCUUCUCCAUGUACAAACAACUGGGACUGGAGCCCGAGGAGCCCGUGAGCCCGACCCAGCUGUUUGAGUUCCUAUCAGGCAACAUGGAGAUCCCAGAGCUGCCCUCAGUGCCAUCAACGCCGUCCAGUAGACUGGAUCCCUGCAGCUCCCAGGUGAAAAUGGCAGUGAGAAGGGUUUUCUGCUCCUAUCUGAGUUUGCUUGUGAACUCCAAGAACGACAUGGCCCUGGUGCUAACCCUGGACGUCCCCAGUCGCUCUCUGGGCCGACAGGCGUUUACCGACAUCAAGCACGCUGCUCACGACAGCAACACCUCUCUCUUCUUGGCUGUGACAUCUUUCGUUAGGGCCAUCCAGCUCGGAGGGAAAGGCUACGCUCCAUCCGAGUCUGACCCACUGAGGAAACAUGUCAAAGGCUUGUCGGACUUUGUCCAGUUUCUAGACAACCUGGAGGAAAUACUCGGGGAGAUUCCUGACCCAAGUGCAUGUGGAGCCAGGCUGGUGGCGGCCAUCAGGGCGGCGCUGGUGAAGGGACGCAGCAGCGGAGAGGCGGCGUACGUCGCAGCUGAAGAGGCCACCAAGGAGCUGAAGGAAAGGAUUCACCAGCUCCACCAGAUACAGACACAGGUUGCACAUGGAAGUGGGACCAGGAUAAGUCCUGCCAGGCCAAAAGCUCAUGCGGUCAAUCACGCCACCGCGUACGGAGGUCGGGACACCGUCAAGGUGCUGAUGGCACUGCUGGACGAAGAAGCCGUGACCCCUCCGUGUCCCAACAAGGCAGACCUGCUGUCCGAGGACCAGCCUGUCCUCAGUGGAGCCGAUGGAACCUGCUUCCUCAUGAUGUUCAGAUCCCCCGAAGUGUCUACUGGAUGUUCUCCAGAACCCCUAAGGAACCGAGUCCAGAGCCGACUAGACCCUCUCAAACCCAAGGCCAGGGACAGAGUCAUCAGAUCCCAGUUUGCGUGCACCUACAAGGAUGAAGAACUGCCCCUCAACCGUGUGCUGGACUUCCCCAGCUCCAGCCAGCUUCCUACCUGUGUGCACCCAGCACCCAAAGCCAAAACCACCACAGCUGCCGGUGAGUCCAGCUCUGAUGGGGACGACACAACCACAGUCUUUGCAGCCACUCCUGCCACUGAGUGUCUGAGUGAGGCACAGCGGGGGGCUGCUCUCCAGCAAAGAAGCAGAAAUGCCCAAAACAGAGGUGCAGGCCCUGGUAAUAGAAAGAAAACUGGCAUUCAGAUGCAAAGCAAGGGGAACAAGAGGAAGCAGCUGGAAUCUGACCAACGUGGCGGAUCAGAGAACGAGCCUCCACAGAAGAAACAGCCGAGCCGUGCGUCAGUUAAAAUGCCUGGCAAAAACGUCUGCAAGGCCCCGAGUAAGAAGAAGCUAAUAGCUGGACAGGGAAAGCUAACCAGCUUCUUCAGAGUCUAAUCAUUAUAUCCACUAAUUAAUCACACAAUAUGGGCAUUCUAUCAAAUGUAGUUCAGGAAAAGCAGCCGUAGGUUGUUCAGCUGAUUUCCCCCAGUUGAUUUUUAAACAAAUUAUACAACCAACAUGUUUACUAGUGAGUUUCAGAAAUUUGGUAAGAGCCAAGCUGCUGUUUCUUUCUUCUUUUUUUCCUUGUGUAGUGGUAAGCUAAUCUUUUUGUGGCUUCAUGUAUACAGCAGUGUACACAGAUAGCAUCAAUUUUAUUAUUUAACUCUCAAACUAGAAAGUAAAUCAGUAUCCCAAAAUGGCAAAUUAUUCAUUUAAUUAAAAUGUCAAAAUGUAGACAAUGAAAAGCACAAAAUCUUGAGUGAUAACUGAUUCCUCGACCUUUAGCAGUGUGGAAAAUGUGGCUGCAAACUGAAUGCAUCAACUGGAAGUCUGUAUUUUGUAAUUGCACUUUAUCUCUAUUCAUCUUCAAGACAAGUGAUCACUAAACCCCGUGUAGAUACUUAAAUGUAUUUAAUCACUGGUUGUAAAUGUUGAACUUUUAUUUCAGUUGUGUUGAAGUCAGCUCUGUAAAUGUGAUGCAACUGUUCAUUUUUAAUAAACUUUUAUUUUGUCUUACA